GAAAACUAGUGGCAAAAAGGAGCAAGAUAUAGAGCAACCUGAAGCAACACAUAACAUGGUUGUUUCAAUGCAGAAGAAGAACAAGAUGAAGGAGUUCAUAGGACACAGAUGGGUAGUGUUUGUGUGUGCAAUAUGGGACAUGUCAUUUGCAGGAACAUCAUACAUGUUUGGGAGCAUUUCUCCAGUGAUCAAGAGCAGCAUGGGAUACAAUCAGCAACAAGUGGCGUUUUUGAGUGUUGCAAAGGAUCUUGGUGACAACGUUGGACUCCUUGCUGGUAAGAUCAGUGAGGUUUCACCAACUUGGAGGGUCAUUCUUGUUGGGGUUAUUCAGAAUGUUUUUGGUUAUGGCCUUGUUUGGCUUGUUGUCACUCAUAGACUUCCUUCUUUGCCUUUGUGGAUGCUAUGCUUUUUCAUCUUCUUGGGACAAAAUGGAUCUACAUAUUACAACACGGCCGCGCUAGUUUCUUGUGUGCAAAGUUUCCCGGAGAGUCGAGGACCGGUGGUGGGGAUACUGAAGGGUUUUGUUGGCUUAAGCGGCGCAAUAUGGACUCAAAUUGUUGCAAUGAUCAGCUUCCCUGAUCAAGCAUCUCUGAUUUUUGUCAUAGCAGUUGGGCCUGCUAUGGUUUCUUGCGCUCUCAUGUUCAUCAUAAGGCCUGUCGAAAGCUACAACAAGCAAUCUUCUAGAUCCUCUGAGGAUGGUUCUGGCUUCAUGUUCAUCUAUAGCGUUUGCCUUCUCUUAGCAGCAUACCUUAUGGGGGUUUUAAUGCUAGAAAACAUGUUCAAUUUGGACCACAACACCAUUACAUUAAUUGCGAUUGUUUUGAUCAUUCUCAUUUUGCUUCCAAUUAUAGUUCCUAUCUUUAUGGUUUUCUUUACUCAACCUCAAAAUCUAGAUCAAGAAAGCCUUCUUCAACCAGAAACAAGAACAAGUACAUCAACGCGUGUGGUAGAUGGUGAGACUAGUGCAAGUUCUUGCCUUGUCAAAGAAGAUAAAGCUCAAAAGCAAACAGGGCUGCCAGUAACCGAAAGGCCAGGAAAAAUUGUUAAGUUUCAAGCUAAGCUUUCGCGAGUAAUCUCUGAAGCUGUGAAGAAACUGAAGCAGAAGAAUGGGCCGCAUCGAGGAGACGAUUUCACCCUAUCACAAGCAUUGAUGAAGGCUGAUUUCUUGAUCAUGUUCUUCUCUAUUGUCUUGGGGUGUGGAUCAGGUUUGACAAUGAUCAACAACAUGGGUCAGAUUUGCCAGUCCUUGGGAGACAAUAAUGUCAACGUGUAUAUAUCAGUUAUUAGCAUAUCAAACUUCCUCGGCCGAGUCGGCGGUGGCUUUUUCUCAGAGGUUAUAGUAAGAAAUUUUGCGUACUCGAGACUUCUUGCAUUGGCAGUGGUUCAAGGAAUGAUGGCAGUGGGACUCUCCUACUAUGCCAUGGGUUUGGUUGGUCAAGUUUAUGUAGUGGCCAUAUCAACGGGUUUUGGCUAUGGUGCACACUGGUCAAUUGCAAUUGCUGCAGCUUCGGAGAUAUUUGGCUUGAAGAACUUUGGAACUUUGUACAAUUUUCUCACCGUGGCUAGCCCAACCGGAUCUCUAUUUUUGUCCGGAUUCGUCGCGAGCAAAAUAUAUGACUACUAUGCAGAGCAGCAAGCAAAACAGAGAAUGCAGAGUCUUAAGGCCUCAUUGAACUUUACAUUGCCUUAUGUCGCAAGAAACGAAGAAUCGCUUGUUUGUGAAGGAAACAUAUGCUUUUCCCUAACAUGUAUAAUCUUUGCAGUGGUUUGUCUGUUCGCUGCAGCUUUGAGCUUGAUCUUAGUCCACCGGACUAAGAGGUUCUAUGCGCAACUUCAUGUGAAGUCUCUAUCUUGAGUAGUGUCAUUAAGGUUGCUUUCGAAAACUGUCUCAGGAUAGAAAUAUAGAUAUCGAGCGACACAAACCUAUUUGUGCAAGAAAAUAGGUGUCUCAGAAUAUAUUUUUUGGCCACAAUAUAGGACAAUGGAGACAGAUUCAGUGUUUUUGAAUUCAAUGUCUUGAAGUUACAAAGAUCCUAGGUUUGAAUGUUGUAUUGGAUGUGUACAUGGUCUAUUAUGUGUAAUUGUUGUGGCCUUUCUUGUCCAAGAUUGUUUUAUUCAUAUUGCCUAUGUGAGCUUGCUUAUAUAGAAAUCCCUUCUUGGAGAUCAUAUGCAA